AUGCCUGAAGGUGCGUCUCGCGAGCGUAGCUCGACUCAUCCAAGGGACGGGAGAGUCCCAGCAUCCAGUGAUCCAACCUCUCGGAUGCGAGGUGAGGGCAGAGGAGAUGGAGUUCCAGGCGAUGCGCAGCCAGCCCUAGCUGAUGUUGAAUCAGCUGAGUGUCCUGAGAUCUUGAGCCCUGAAGAGGCUGAGGAACGGAGAAAGGACAAAGCGCAGCCCUUGAAGCGCAGAUCCAAUGCUGAAGUUCAGGUUGAAGAGCCUAGGCUGAUGGAGCGACCCAAUGCUCCUGUUGAUGAUGCAGUUGCCUUGCCUGCCGAGCAAGCUGUAGCAGCUGUUGCACAGCCUCCCAAAGAUGGCCUGCCAGCUUGGACGAAGCACGACCUUGGCUUCGCGCUCCAGCAAUUGAGGUCAAUCAGAGAAGGAGUAGUUAGGCGCACCCUGCGCAAAUUGCACCUGCGAUGGUAUCAUGCGGGUUCUAGAAAGAUGCAAGUGUUGUUGGAAGCUGCCGGUGUUAAUCCUCAGAUCCUUGCGAUGAUUCCCUCCAUCAUCGAUACUUGUGAUAUUUGCAGACAUUGGCAACGACCUGGUCCGAAGUUGUUUGGCCCACCAACAAAUAUCCUGUCGGAUCAGGAAGGCGGUUUGAUCACAGAUCUUGUGGGAGACUGGAUGGACCGAAGAGGCAUUCAGGUAUGUUUUCGUGCCAGAGGACAGCACUGCGGAAUGGUUGAACGCCAUAAUGAAAUCCUCCGUCGUCAAUUGCACUUGCUGGAGGAUCAAUCCAAUGCUGAAGGAUUAGCUGUGACGUUCUCGACAGUGCUGGCCGAAGCAGUGUUUGCAAAGAAUGCCAUGUUCCAGUUAGGCAAUGCCACUCCUUAUGAGGCCAUUUUUGGCCGUCAUCCGCCGCUGAUGGCAACGGUCAGCGAAGAGUCCGGUGAAGGGAUUUCUGACCGAGAUGCCUACACCAUUCGAAGACUUGCCAUUAGUAGUAUGAUCCAAGCCACUGCAGACUCCAAAGCCAGGCAAGUUGCGCCUGAUAUACCGCACCUAGGUGGAUCGCAUGAACCUGAUAUGCCUGAUAUGAAUGAUAAAACUGAUGAAGUGUUGCGUGCCAAGGGACCCAAGCCUUUGCAGAAUGCACCUCAAAUAAAUCCCAACUCCGAAGCAGACAGUCCGAACCAAGAUGGAAAUGUACCAACCUCGAAUGAAGCAGCAAGCAGCCUGUUUGCUGAUGCUGAUGAAGCGUCCUAUGAUUUCCAAUUCCAAAAUGUAAUCUCCGAUAUAAGUUUUCUUGGAACUUUUCAUGAUGAAAUGCCUGCUUGCCCCGGACAUGUUGUUUGCGGUGAGUUUUCAAACUUUGUGAGUGCCGAAGAACUCACUGAGCCGCCUGAGUUGUUGCUGCCUGGCAACAUGCUGACCUAUGUGACGCUGUUAACAACACGUCACAGCCCAAAGCUCAAUCUUAAUGAGCCGCCUGAGUUGUUGCUGCCUGGCAACAUGCUGACCUAUGUGACGCUGUUAACAACACGUCACAGCCCAAAGCUCAAUCUUAAUGAAUGGCUGUGUCUCAGCUUUGCAUCCGGUGCCGAAACCACUGCAGUGAUCGAGAGGCAGUCCACAGAUACCUAUGCUGGGACAUCCACUCGAUGGGGACAGAGACUCCUUAUCACGAUAGCAGUGCAGCGAAAGUGGGCUCUUUGGAGUGCCGACAUAUCAGAAGCUUUCUUACCGGGACUGACGUUCCGUGAGCUGCACGAAGAAGGUGGUGAGUUGCGUGAGGUUCAGAUCACGCUUCCACCGGGUGGUGAACAUCUCCUUCGCACCAUCCAGGGCUACUCAGACUUCGAUCCUGAUGCUGAAGUGUUGGUGAUGUUGAAGCCGGGUUUUGGUUUGAAAGAUGCUCCAAGAUUGUGGUUGAAAGCUCUCAAACGCGUGUUGACUAAGAUAGGUGUUAGUCCAACUAAAGUUGAUCCACAGCUGUUGUGCAUGCACCGCAAUGGUGAACUGGUCUUGCUGAUGACCAUUCAUGUUGAUGACAUAAAGCUGUGUGGACAUCCGUCCAUCAUGCAAGAUGUGGUGAAACAGCUUGAGAGCCACUUUGAUGCAGUUAAGUUGGAGAAGGACAAUUUCGUCCAUCUAGGUCGACAACCUUGCACCUUGGAUUGUGGCCGCAGCUUGUCAAGCAAUUCUCAAGUUCCUUUGCAUGCCCCGACUGGUGAGUGCACCUGCACCGGCUGGCCCGACAACUGCUUCGACGAGCCCAAGAUCAACCCCAAGGUCGACGGUGUGCGACAGCGAUUCAGCUGGGGCGUCAUUGACGACAACGGGAUGCUGCGACUCACGAAGCAGGAUCACGAGACCCAUGAAGUUUUUAAGUGGGAGGGACAAGAUGUUUCCCGCGAACUGCCCUGGCAGCCGGUCUUUGUGCCGGAGCCUUACAGUGACAAGGAGGACGCUGGUGUGGUCAUGAGUUUUGUGCGAGACCAGCCAACUGGUAACUCGUUUUGCAUCGUUCUGGAUGCUGCCACCAUGACCGAGAAGGCCCGGAUUCACUUCCCUGAGGGGCACCACAUUCCGUUGCAUGGCCAUGGCACCUUCAUCAGAGCAUAG